AUGGUUCGUAUGGGCCAAGCGAUCACACUCGGUUGCAGUUCCAACGUUGUCUCUCAAGGAGUGUUGGUGUUCCCGCAGUUGGUGUAUUUACAGGUGCAGAUGGUGGAGCAUUUGGUGGACUUGCAUGGUUUCGGCCCCUUACCCAUGCUCGAGUUUGCUCAUGGAGAAAUCACGUGUAAAACUGAUCCAAAACACUUCGAAAGCUGGGCCCACAAGCUGGAGAGGAAGUGGACGUUCUGGUUCGACAACCAGUCCGAGCCCAACCAAGGCGCCGCCUGGGGUACCUCCCUUCGCCAGGUCUACACUUUCGACACCGUCGAGGAAUUUUGGUGUUUGUAUGACCAAAUAUUCAAGCCCAGCAAAUUGCCUGCGCAAGCGGAUUUCUAUUUGUUCAGAACUGGUGUUGAACCCAAGUGGGAAGAUCCCAAAUGUGCCAAUGGAGGCAAGUGGACUGUUUCUAGCAACAAAAAAUCUAGCCUCGAUACGAUGUGGUUAGAAACUUUGAUGGCUUUGAUUGGAGAGCAAUUUGAUGAGAUUUGUGGUGUGGUGGCGAGUGUGCGCCCGCGGCAGGACAAAAUUUCACUCUGGACCAAGACAGUUGCAAAUGAGGCUGUCCAGAUUAGCAUUGGAAGGAAGUGGAAGCAGAUAAUUGACUUCAGUGACAGGAUCACUUACAGCUUCCACGAUGAUUCUAGAAUGCAUGAACUGUCACUCGACGAUUUUGUUACAUGGAUCUCUACAUGUUAG